GCCCCGAGGCCAGAAGCUCCUUGAACUUGGCCAACUGCGAAGAACCGCGGGUCCGCGCUCGCGCGUCUCACGGCCUCGUCGAAACGCCGUUGUCGCCAGCAUGCAUCAGAGCUGGACCGGCGCGGUGGCGGUGUACCUUCCCAAGCCGCCGCGCGGCGGGCUCUACCCGGCCAUAGCCACCGCAGGCCUGUUGGGCGCGGGUACAGGCGGGGGCGCAGGCGCCGCAGCCGCUCCCUCCCUCGCGAGGACACAGCAGCUGCCGCUGCCGCUCGCGCCCGCCAGGUCGCAGCUGAGGGGCACGUGGGCGCUCAGCAAGGGCACCGCCACACUGACGGCGGCGCUGUCGGAGGAGGGCAGGGGCGAGUUCGACUUGCGGGUCCAACUGGACGGCACCACGCUGUGGCACCAGGACGUGUUCAGGGGCGCCGCCACCGUGAGGCUGCUCGCACCGCCGCCACCACCGCCGCAGCAGCAGCAGCUCGCGGCGGCGGCAGCGGCGGCUUUAGGGCCGCCUAAUGCUGCGGCGCCGCCGCAUGCGCAGCCAGGCUCACAGGCCCUUCCGGCUGCAGCAGAGCCGGCGGCGGGUGGCGGUGGCAGUAGCACUGGAGCCGGCGGCGGGCGGGGCAGUGGCGGAGGCACGGUGCCGUGGAUGCUCUUGCUGCUGCCGCGGCGUGCUGAUGCCGCCGCCGCCACAGCGCCAGCAGACGGCAAUGGAGGUGCAGGUGCAGUCGGGGUGGCGGGGGCCAAGGACUCUGCGGCGACAGCACCCGCCUCGCUGGCAGUAGCAGCCGAGCACGCAGCCGGUCUGCCCUCAACAACAUCCCCAGCCCAGCCGGCCGCCUGCUCGCCACCGGCCAUGGUGUUUCGCUUCAACGGCCCCGGAGAGGGCCGAGCCUUCCAGUCACUGCUGCACGCCGCCAGCCGAGCCCGGGAGGUCCUAAUGCAGAGGGCAGUGGACGCUGCUACUGCCGCCGCCUCAGCCGCCACGGCGGCAGCCGCGGCGGCUGUAGCAGCCCGGGCUCCGGCGGCGGAAGCGGCGGCGCUGGCGCAGGAGCAGCGACAGGAAGCCGCUAGCGGAGGGAACUGUGCAGUCGAGGCGGUGGGGCCUGGUGGUGGCGGCGCGGGUGCGGGCGGUGCGGGCGCCGCCACCGCUGAUGACAUGGCGGCCCAGGCCGCGGGCAUGAGCCGACAGGACAUCCAGGCCGCGAUUGAGCGUUUCUUGUUGGAGCCUGACUUCCAAGCGCUGGUGAUGCGGGUGGAGGAGGUGUGGGAUGAGAUGGAAGCCGCGGCGGAGGCGCAGGUGGCGGCGGCGGCAGCGACGGAUGGCGCUCCCGAGGAAGCUUUGCAGAUGGACGGCGCUGGUGCUGAUGCCGGUCACAGCUAGUGAUGCGUGCGGCUCUGUGAUGGCUGCGGCGGCGAUGUGUGGACUCGUGCGUGUGUAAUCCACAGCUCGG